AUGUCUAAUGAAGAUCUCUCUUUGAGAGGACACGAAAACACAGCAGUAACUAAGGACAAUGAAGAGUUGAUUGCUAGAGAUGAUGAAGAUAAUGCCCCAAGUGAUGAAGAAGAAGGUGACGAUGUCUUUGAUUCUUCUGAAGAUGAUGCCGAUUUGGAUGAGGAUGAAGAUGAAGCCAGAAAGAUCAAAGAAGGGUUUAUUGUGGACGAAGGUGAGGAAGACGAUGGGGAUGACGAUGAAUUGGGAGCUGCUUCUGGUAAGAAAAGGAGAAAGGGACGUAGGAGAAGAGAAAGAGAGGAGGAAGAGGAUAGAUUAUCUGAAGAUGAUUUGGAUCUGUUGAUGGAAAAUGCUGGUGUUAAAAGAACAACCGAAUCUGCCACUUCUGGAGGUUUGAAAAGAUUAAAAAGAGCUGGAGGCAAUGAAGAGACUUCUGAACAAGAAGAAGCAAAAGUUUCCAGUGUCACUGCGGAAAGUAAUAAAUUAGAAGAUUUCUUCUCUGAUGAUGAAGAAGAAGAAGAGUUUAAUGACUCUACGGCCAGACACCAUGAAGAAGAUGAAUAUGACGACGAAUACGGUGCAAGAGAAAGUAAUCAUCGUCAAAAUACUAGUGACAUGACUAACAAAGCAGGCAUGUUGGAUGAAUUGGAUGAUUUCAUAGAAGAAGAUGAGUUUUCUGAUGAAGAUGAAGAAACCAGAAAACAAAGAAUAGAAGAAAGAAAGUUGUUAAGAGAACAAAGAAUGAAACAACCAGUACAUGUCACAGGUUUAUCUUCUGAUAAAAUUGACGAAAUGUAUGAUAUUUUCGGUGAUGGUCACGAUUAUGACUGGGCUUUGGAGAUUGAAAAUGAAGAAUUAGAAGGUAAUUUAGACACUGAAGCUGUCAUUGAAGGUAACGAAGACGGUGAAAGCGGAAUAGGUCCAUCCAAGAAAAAAGUUUCUCUUCAAGAUAUUUACGACUUACAAGAUCUUAAGAAAAAUUUACUUACUGAAGAGGAUAUGAAAAUUAGACACACUGAUAUCCCUGAAAGAUUCCAAGAAUUAAGAGCUGGUCUAGUAGAAUACGGCAAUCUAUCAGCAGAAGAUAAAGAAUUGGAAAAGAACUGGAUUAGUGAUAAAAUCGCCAUCGAGAAAAAUUUCCCUGCUACUUACGAUCUAACUGAAUUUAAGGAUGCUAUCGGUAACGCUAUUAGAUUUAUCUCUGAAGAUAAUUUAGAAGUCCCAUUCAUCUUUGCUUAUCGUCGUAAUAAUAUAUCUUCUACUGAUAGAAACGGUUUCGUAUUAACAGAAGAUGAUUUAUGGGAAAUUGUGGACCUUAAUAUCGAAUUCAAUAGUAUUAUUCACAAAAGAGACUAUGUCAAGAAAUUUUAUGAAGAACUGCAAAUACAGGACUCCGUUGUCGAUGAAUAUUUUUCAAAUCAAAGCACUGCAUCGACUGCAGAACUAAAUUCUUUACAAGACAUUUAUAAUUAUCUGGAGUACAAAUAUGCAAAAGAGAUUAAUGACCUAUUAACAAAGAAUACUCAAAAGUCUGGUAAGAAACAUUUAAAGAAUUCUAACUAUGAGAAAUUUAAAGCAAGUCCACUUUAUGCAAUUACAAAAGAUAUUGGUAUUACAGCAGAACAAAUUGGUGAAAAUAUCAGUUCCCAACAUCAAAUUAAUAUUCCAAAAGAUCAUGAGACCUUAAAACCAAUGGAAGUCAUUGACAAUAUUAUUACUGAGCAUAGUUCUGAUCUACAAGUCUUUGUAACCAACAGUAAAUUAUCAGUCGACACAGUUCAAAAGUACACCUCUAUGGAAAUUUCAAGAAACCCUAAGAUAAGAGAGAAGGUUAGAAACGAUUUUUACAAAUAUUAUUUAGUAGAUGUUGUUUUGACUUUUAAAGGUAGAAGAGAAAUUCAAAGGGGCUCCAUAUAUGAGGAUAUUAAAUAUGCUAUAAAUAGAACUCCAGUGCAUUUUAGAAAAGAUCCAGAUCUAUUUUUACGUAUGCUAGAGGCUGAAUCUUUGAAUUUAUUAACUGUCAAAUUACAUAUGUCUUCUCAUGUACAAUAUGCUGAUCAUCUAUUUCAAAUUGCAUUAGAUACUAAUAAUACUUCUGAGCUAGGUAUUGAAUGGAAUAAUUUCCGUAAAACUGCAUUUAAUCAAGCAUUAGACACUAUUUUUGCAGAUAUAUCAGCAGAAAUCAAGGAUGACUUGUCAAAGAGUUGUAAGAAGUUAGUUGCAAGAUCUGUCCGUCAUAAAUUCAUGAGUAAGCUUGAUCAAGCUCCAUUUGUACCUAAUAUGGAAAAUGCAAAGAUACCAAGAAUUUUGACUAUUACAUGUGGUGAAGGUAGAUUCGGUUCAGAUGCUAUCAUUGCCACAUAUAUUAACCGAAAAGGUGAAUUUGUUAGAGAUUUUAAAAUCACUGAUAAUCCAUUUGAUAGAUCUAAUCCUCAAAAAUUUGAAAAUACUUUUGCGGAUAUCAUAAAUAACUGCCAAAUUAAUGCCAUUGGUAUUAAUGGUCCAAAUUCGAAAACACAAAAAUUUUUUAAGAAAUUACAAGAUGUAAUCAGACAAAAGAAAUUGUUGGAUAACAAUGAUAAAGAAAUUCCUAUUAUCUACGUUGAAGAUGAAGUUGCAGUUCGUUAUCAGUCUUCUGAAAGAGCUGCACAAGAAUUUGCUAAUAAGCCACCUUUAGUUAAAUAUUGUGUUGCAUUAGCUCGUUAUAUGCAUUCUCCUUUAUUAGAAUAUGCAAACUUGUCAAUGGAAGAAUUAACAUCGCUAUCUAUUCAUCCUAAUCAGUCUUUGUUACCAAGAGGACUGUUUGUCAAAGCAAUCGAAACUGCUUUUGUUGAUAUAGUUAAUUUAGUUGGUGUUGAAAUUAACAAAACUACUGAUAAUAACUAUUAUGCUAAUGCCUUAAGAUAUAUAUCUGGUUUUGGUCAACGUAAAGCCAUUGACUUCUUAGAUUCAUUGCAGAGAUUAAAUGAACCACUUCUAGCUCGUCAACAGCUGAUUACUCAUAAUAUUUUACAUAAAACAAUUUUCAUGAAUGCUGCAGGCUUUUUGUAUAUAUCAUGGAAUGAAAAAAGACAAAGAUAUGAAGAUUUGGAACAUGAUCAAUUGGAUAGUACUAGAAUCCAUCCUGAAGACUAUCAUCUGGCUACAAAGGUUGCAGCCGAUGCUCUUGAAUACGAACCAGAUGCAAUUGCUGAGAAGGAAGAUCAAGGUACAAUGAGUGAAUUUAUUGAAAUAUUAAGAGAAGAUCCUGACAAGAAAAUGAAGCUAGAAUCAUUGAAUUUAGAAGCUUAUGCAAAAGAAUUAGAAAAUAAAACUGGUCAAAGAAAGCUAAACAAUCUAAAUACUAUUGUUUUAGAGUUAUUAAACGGUUUUGAAGAAUUGAGAAAUGAUUUCCAUCCAUUACAAGGUGAUGAAAUUUUCCAAACCUUGACUGGUGAAACAGAAAAAACAUUUUUCAAGGGUUCUAUUAUUCCAGUUAGAGUUGAAUUUUUCAGACAUAAUGAUAUUAUUUGUAUCACCAAUUCUCAAGUAGAAUGUGUCGCUACUGCUCAACAACAUUCUGGAGCUCAGUAUAGAAGACCAGCUAAUGAACUUUAUGAGUUAGGUAAAACAUAUCCAGCUAAGGUUGUUUUCAUCGAUUAUGAAAAUAUAACGGCUGAAAUUUCUUUGUUAGAACAAGAUGUUAAACAUAAAUAUGUUCCAUUUAAUUACAGUAAAGAUCCAACCAUCUGGGACUUAAAACAAGAAUUAGAGGAUGCUGAAUAUGAAAAGAAAAUAACUAUGGAAGAAGCUCGUGCUAAGAGAACUCAUCGUGUUAUUAAUCAUCCAUAUUACUUUCCAUUCAAUGGACAUCAAGCAGAAGAAUACUUAAGAAGUAAAGAUCGUGGUGAUUUCGUUAUCAGACAAUCUAGUCGUGGUGAUGAUCAUUUGGCUAUUACAUGGAAGCUUGAUAAAGAUUUAUUCCAACAUAUUGAUAUUCAAGAAUUAGAAAAGGAAAAUCCAUUAGCUUUGGGUAGAAUAUUGGUGGUUGAAGGUCAAAGAUACUAUGAUUUAGAUCAAAUUAUUGUUGAAUAUCUACAGAAUAAGAUAAGAUUACUAAAUGAAAUAACAUCUAACGAAAAAUUCAAAACUGGUAAUAAGAAGGAUGUAAUCAAAUUUAUUGAAGACUAUUCUAAAGUUAACCCUAACAGAUCAGUUUAUUACUUUAGUUUGAACUACGAAAAACCAGGUUGGUUCUAUUUAAUGUUUAAGAUCAAUUCACAAAGUAAAUUAUACACAUGGAAUGUUAGAUUGACUCAUACAGGCUACUUUUUAGUUAACUACAACUAUCCUAACGUCAUUCAAUUAUGUAAUGGGUUCAAGACCUUAUUGAAGUCCAACAGCUCCAGAAGCAACGGUUCCGGUUAUUAA